AUGAGGUGGUGGCUGCACAUUGUGAUUGCCGCCGCGCAAUUAUUGGCGUCGAUCGAUGCGCGCAAAAUUCCCGACAUUUAUUGGAACAGCACGAAUCACAUAUUCGAGAUAUCGAACACCGAGCAUGUGAUGAGCGUGCGAAUCGGCGAUCGCGUCACAAUUCGAUGUCCCGCCAAAUCGGCCAACUAUGAGUAUUCGUAUAUCUAUAUGGUUUCCGAGGAGGAGUACACGCAUUGCUACCUUCAGAAUCCGCGUCUCGUCGCUGCGUGCGACAACGAGACGACGCCGAUCGCCGUCAACAUGGUGUUCCGCUCGUUCACGCCGACGCCCGGUGGCUUCGAGUUUGAGGCCGGCAAAAAUUACUAUAUGAUUAGCACCUCCGACGGCUCACUCGACGGCAUCGAUCGCAAAAAGGAUGGGCUGUGCGCGACGAAGAAGAUGAAGGUGAAAUUCGAGGUGCUGCCGUCGGAGACGAGCCCGAAAUUCGCGGCGCGCACGUUCUCCGAAGACUCGACGCCGAUUAUGUAUGUGAUACAUAAUGAAGACGAUGGUGACGACGACGCCUCCAACGCCUACUGCCAUCUGACAUCAAUGAUCGUCGCGCUCAUCGCCGCUCAACUCAUGUUAUAA